CAUGAAUGGAAUAAUGUUGUUCUUUCAGGAGGGGCUUUAUUUCUGCAGGAUCAGCUCAGCCCCAUUUGCUCUCUGUCUUGUGUAUUCACCUCCACCUUCUGCCAUUCCACCAUGGAUGACCCUUGUCAGAUGCCAGAACCAUGCUCUUGGAUUUCCUAGCCUCCAGAACCAUGGGCCCAAUAAAUUUUUGUUUAUCAUAAAUUACCCAGUCUGUGGUAUUCUGUUAUAGCAGCAAAAAUAGCAGACUAAACACUCACCAUCCCAAUCACCACGGGGCCAGAAUUCUAGAAGGUGCCCUUGCAGUUCUCAUAAAACCCUGGGGUCCAAGGCCUUCUAAGGGGUAGCCCUCCACAGCAAUCAUCUGUGGGAUCAAACGUGGCUAACUAGUUUUAAUAUAGCAUGUCUUUCUGACAACUUAAUACAAGUUCCUGUACUGAUUAUACCCCUUUUAAUUAUGUAAUUUUUCUUGUAAAAUUUCUUUUUUCUUUUUCUUCUUUUCUUUCUUUCCUCUUCUUCCUUUUUUUUUUUUUUUUUUUUUUGGCAUAUGAUUAUCAAAAGAUUAGGGCCAGGCGCAGUGGCUCACGCUUGCAGUCCCAGUACUUUGGGAGGCCAAGGCGGGCAGAUCAUGAGGUCAGGAAAUCGAGACCAUCCUGGCUAACAUGGUGAAACCCCGUCCCUACUAAAAAUACAAAAUAUUAGCUGGGCGUGGUGGUGGGUGCCUGUAGUCCCAGCUACUUGGGAGGCUGAGGCGGGAGAAUGGUGUGAACCCGGGAGGCAGAGCUUGUAGUGAGCCGAGACCACGCCACUGUGCUUUAGCCGGGUGACAGAGUGACAGAGCAAGACCCCGUCUCAAAAAAAAAAAAAAGACUAGGACCCAGACUAUAGUAUAUGAGGACUUCUAUUUUAAAAAAUGAGAAAAAGUUGAUGAUAUCUUGUGAUAUAAAAAAUUUUUUAAGCCAAAUAAAUAAAAUGUGAAAAAGGCAAACAACCCAGUGAAAAGUGAUCAAAGAAUACAAACAGGCAGUUCAGAGCAGGUAAAACUGACACGGCCAAUGAGCGUAUAUGAAAAGAUGCCCAAUCUCAGUCAGGAAACUGACUUUAACCACCCAAUUUAAGUCUAAUUAUAACAAAUCUCGGUGGAGAUAUGGAGCGUGGAAACACUUAUAUGCUGCUUUAGAGGGGUAAAUAUGGUACAACUGCUUUGAAGAAUUUUGUAACAUCUGGUAUAGUUGAAGAUGCAAUUCAGCUUAAUUUCCAUGCCUGCAUAUACACACACUUAAAACAAAAUUGGAAACAUUCAUUAAUACCAUUUAAUAACCUGCUUAAGUAAAGAGCUUAACAGUAUGAACAUCCUUCUAUUGUUAAACAAGAAAACUUAUUAUUAAGAAGCCUCCAGCUGAGGCUCCUAACCCCUGCUUCCUCUCUUUGCACUGUGAGGGCCUCUGGCCUGAUUAAAGGUCACCAGAGUCUUUGCACACACAGCCCAGAAUCACUCACACCUGCCUGCUCCUCCACUGUCUAUGGGGCUAUGUGAUAGCCCAAGUCCCUGCAUGCCUGAUUUAUUCCUCACACCAUCCACCCCCUCAUCCUUCUGCCCUUGAUUUUGGUCAGGUUACUAAGGAGAAUGAGUUGGAGAGGUCCACAGGGGAUUCCAGUUCUCCUAGAAAUCAAGACUGCAGGAAGCAGGCACGAGGGAGUGAGCAAGCACUUGGGAAAGGGCCUGAGCAAAGCAGGCUGAAGCUUGUAUGCUACUGUUUGUUAUAACUGUGGGUGGAGUUAGAGGUAAGGUAAGAGAAGUCAGCUGGGAGAAAAGGAUGGCCGAUACACUCCACCUCCAAAACCUUAAGCUUAAAUCUUCCCACUGGCCCCAUGAUAGCCCCUUACCUUCUUCCCUUCAUUUCCAAUCCACUUGCCAUUACUUAAGCCAUUCCUUUGCCAAACUCCAUCUCACUUGUCCCUGUAUCCUCCUUGCAUGGCACCUGCAGAGCUGCAUCUCAGCCCUGGACCACCGCAGCCCUCUGUUUUCUCCUUGUCUGUACUUAGGUUGCCGUGCCAGACCCCAGCAUUUCAAUACCUCUGAAUGAACAUUUAUGGACUCCAAUCUCAACUAGUCCAUAUGUAGACCCCACUCAUCUUUUUGGCUCUCUUUCAGCUCUCUCUCCAAUUCUACCGAGUAGCUUUUCCACAUGCUCUCCGUUUUCUAAGUCCAUGUAGUUUUUACUCUCGGCACAUGAUUUGAGCUCCUGUUUCACAAAGGACUUAAAAAUCAGUAGAUAACUCCCUCAGUUUUCUCCCAUCAACUCUAUACACUGAACUGCAUUGCUAUCUGAUUUUUUUCUCUUUUCUUUCUGUUACAAUGGAAGAGGCAAUCCCAUUCCUGCCUCAGGCCAAUUUCUACGCUUAAGCUUUUGAACUAGCGUCUUCAACGUCAUUACCUGAUCAAAUAAUCCUAUUGUUUUUUGUAUCCUCAUUUUCUACAGCAUUUGAUUAUAUACAAGUCACUCCCAGGGUAAACCGUGACAAAAGGACUGUCUUUGACACAAGUCCUUCUCCAGAUACUGCUCCAGCUCUUCUCUCCAUCACAGGUAUGGUGAACAACUAUAGAACAGUUUUUUACAAAAUCAUCCAGAGUUCUAGGUAAGUGACUGCCUGGGGUCAGAGGGUGAACAGAAGAGAAGAGGGAGGGGAGAGAAACUGGGAAUGACUGCUAAUGGUUGCGGAGAUUCUUCCAUGGAUAAGGAAAAUACUCUAAAAUUGAUUAUGCUGAUGGUUGCAAAACUCUGUGAACAUACUAAAAACCAUUGAAUUGCACACUUUAAAUGAGUGAAGGCUAUGAUAUGUGAAUUAUAUCUCAAAUCAAGCUGUUUUUAAAAAAUGGCUUACUUGGCCGGGCACGGUGGCUCAUGCCUGUAGUCCCAGCAUUUUGGCAGGCCGAGGCAGGUGGAUCACCUGAGGUCAGGAGUUGGAGACCAGCCUGGCCAACAUGGUGAAACCUCAUCUGUACUAAAAAAUACAAAAAUUAGCCAGGCGUGGUGGUGGGCACCUGUAAUCUCAGCUACUCAGGAGGCUGAGGCAGAAGAAUUGCUGGAACCUGGGAGGUGGAAGUUGCAGUGAGCCGAGAUUAUGCCACUGCCCUCCAGCCCAGGCUGACAACAGUGAGACUCCAUCAAAAAAAAAAAAAAUAGUUUACUUUUGGCACAAUGAAAGACAUAGUUAGGGGAUAUCAUGAGGCAGUCUUUUUAUGGUGAUGGGUCAGUUCUGUAUCCUGAUUAUGGUGAUGGUUACUUGCAUCUACCUGUGGGAUAAACAUUCACAGUACUAUAUGCUUCUGAAAUAUAAAUAAAUAUUUUUUUAAAAGAGUGUGUAAAAACAAACUGGGGAAAUCCAAAUAAGGUCUGUACCUAAGUUUACAGUAUUGUAUAAUACUAAUGGUAAUGUUCUGGAUUUGACAUGUACUAUAGUUAUGUAAGAUAUUGCCAUUGGGGGAAGCUGGGUGAAGGGUACAUGAGAACCCUUGGUACUAUUUUUGAAGCUUCUUGUGAAAUUUAAACUAUUUCAAAAUAAAAAUGUUACUUUAAAAUUUUGUUUCAGACUUCUCCCUUCUUUCCAAACCACAGGGAGUCCCUUUUUCAAACAAAUAUAUUCCUAGACAUGGCUGAAUGAUCCAGAGGUGGGCACCUGACCCAGCCCAGGUUCACUGGAAUUUUUUCCUGGAUUUGUUUUUUUUUUUUUUAACCUGUGUAUUUUUCCAUUAUAUCGUUAUACUACAACUGUUAGUCCAUUCUUCUGUUGAUGAAUUUUUUGGAGUGUUUCCAGUUUUGAGCUAUUAUGAAUAAAGCACUGUAAAUUUUUUUUUUUCUCUUUUUUCUUUGUAGAACUUACAAUCUGUGAAGAUUCUCAUACAAGUCUUUUGGGAGACAUUUUUUUUUUCAUUGCUCUUGGGUAAAUGACUAGAAAUAAAAUUCCUGAGGCAUGUAGUAUGUUUACUUUGUUAGAAACCGCUGAACAGUUCUACAAAGCAAUCAUACCAUUUUACACUCCAACCAGCAAUGUAUGAGAGUUCUGUUUUGUUUCAUAUUCUCACCAAUAUGUGAUAUAGCUAGUCUUUGGUUUUAGCCUUUUUAGAGAGUGUGAAAUACUGUCUCAUUUUGGUUUUAUUUUGCAUUUCCCUGAUGUGUAAAGAUGUUUAGCAAUUUUUCAUGAGCUUUAUUGGCCAUUUGUAUAUCUUCUUUUCUGAAAUGUUGGUCAAAUGUUUGACAUUGGAAGACCAAUAAUGCAACCAUAUAAGUGGCUUCUUCAACAGGGUAUGCAUUUUACCUAUCAUAUAGUAGAUUAAAACCAAGACAAGAAAAGCACACAGCAGUUAAAGCUUGACAUUGAAAUAUCCUGGGGUUAACUUGAAUGUUUUAGUGAAAUUUUAUGGAAGGGCUCCCCUUCUGCCUUCUCACCAGCCAUUGGUGCCAAAGUACCUUUGCCACAUAUUCUUGGGCAGCUCCCUCAUUUUAUAGGUUUCAAAGCUAUGCAACAGAUGCUUGGGCUGCAACUGCUUGUGUGGCUGUUUCUGAACUUAUCCUUCCUCCACUCCUACCAGGCAGGCUACAGAGUCCUGGCAAUGAAUAGCUCCUGCUUGUCCUGCCAAGUUUUCUUCACGGCUGAAGAGAGACUUCACCUCCUACUUCCUGUCCUAUAAUUCAGCCAUUAAUUAUUUUUCCUGAGUGCAUGGAUAAACAAACAAAUGAAUAAAUCAACAAGAAGCUAAGCCAUCAGGACCUGAGUGCAAACCCAUCAUGAUAGUAACUGGCAUCUCUGUGAAGCACUGUAGUUUAGAACAUGUUUUUACAUAUAAAAUUUAUUUUUAUCUUCAAAACAAAGUCAUGGGGCAUUAUUAUCGUCUCCAUUUUACAGAUGAGGAAAAUUAAGUCUCAGGGAGGUUAAAAGAGUUGCCCAUGGUCAUCCUCCUUGGCUGUUAUUCCUGAGAAGGGAGAGCUGUGCCUGGGAUUCACAAAUAAUGACAUGGCGUAGACAACCCAGUCUCUAUUAGCACAGACUAGUGUUGGGAGGGAGGCAGGUGAGGACGCAGAGGGCGAGGGGACCAAGGGAGCCUGAGAUGCUGGAUUCCUUUAACUCCCAAAAGUGCUAACCCAGGGUAGCUCAGGGCACAAGGGCAGGUCUUUGUGUGGUAUGAAUUGAGAAGUCUUGCCAAGAACUCCCACCAGAAUCUACUUCCCUGGCUAUACAGAGUACCUCAGUUUUCAUAAUCAUUCCUCUCCUCCUAACUAGGACAGUAGCACUUAAAACUUUGCCAUUGAAGUUUUCCCAUUGCUGAGGCCAUUUAGUCAUUAGGGAUGAUUGGAGUCUCUAUCACUGAAGCCAGGAACCCCAAAUCUCUUAGGACUCCCCAGAAGCUGCCAGAGAAUUGCUGCACUGAAGAGUCUUAGGAGCAGGCAACUGAUUCGAGGGGGCAGGGGACCAGGCCAUAGAGUUUUAUUUGUAUAGCACAGACAAUGCUUGUAUAUAGAUUGUGUUUUUAUUUUGGGGACUGAUGGAGAUUAUGACAGGUGCCCAGUUCCCUUCAAGCCCCUCCUGUAAAUACCAGUACAACUUACAUGUAGUCAUUCUUGGUAUCCCUGGGAAGAGAUGGAGAAUUUAUUCAGUAUAUUUCUUCUUAGUGACAAGAAAUUUCUAAGAUCAUCAUACAAUAGUACCCACACUUAACCAUCCACUGGGUCAGUAGGGUACUGCAGUUAAGAGUUACGCUUUAGAGUAUAACAAACUUAGGUCAUGCCCCUUCCUAUUAUUCUACCAGUCAUACCAUACAAGGUCAGUGUGUAUUAACUACAUUAUUAUUACUGGUAGAGAAAAUAUAAAGUGACAAAAAACCACUUUGGACUUAGUUAACUUAUAUUAAUUUGCAUUUUAGAAAUUACAACAGCACCUACAAACACUUGACAGAUAGUGGUAUAAAAUCUGUGAGUGGUGUUACUUUUCCAGACCAUAGACAAUGCUUUGUAUCCAGAUUGAUUUGGACCUGUUGCAAUGAUUGCUCUGCAGAGGCAUUUGUCCAUCGUGCGGGCACUUCUGAUACAGUGGAAGAGCAUGGAUUUUGGAAUCUUACAGGCCUAGAUUCAAAUCCUGGCUCUGUCACAUGCUAACUGUGCCAUCUUUGACAAGUUACUUAGCUUCUCUGAGUCACAGUUUCCUCAUCUCUAAAAUAAGGGAUGAUACCUGCCUCACAGGGCCAGUGGAGGAUUGAGUCAUAUAAUAUCCAUAGGAACCUGACUAAUGUUGGGUGUCAAAUAAAUGUUCAAUUGUUCUCUCACAGUUUCAGUGAACAGAACAAUCCACAUCAGUUUGAAAAUAAUUUUGGUUGAGUUGCAGAAGCCCGGACAUUAAUACCCUCAUACCUAGAAGGACUCGUAACCCCACUAACUGAGAGCAGAAAGAUACGUAUUCUUCACAUUCAACAGUGCUUUAAAUGUUUUAUUAACACUUUCUUCUUCCAGUGCAUGUAGGGAGAGCCCCAGCCUCCACCUACUCUCUUUUAUCUCACUUAUCAUUCUUUCAUAACUUCUUAAUCUCCCUUUCUUGAACUUUCUCAUUGCCCUUAGCCUGGAAGCCUCAGGUAAGUGGCUCUACUCACCUUGCAGUGAAGUGGGUCAUGGGCACAAUGUCGCUGGUGAUAGACUAUGGGUUUCUAAGGCCUGCCUCAGGGCAGUUAGACUCCUGCAAUAUCCCUUAUUCAAGAGUGGUCCUGACUGCAGUGUUGAUGGUGGUGGAGCAGACCCUCCGUGGGUCACUUUGCUGAGAGUCAGGUAGGAAUCAUCCAUUGGCUCAGAACAGCCCUGCCACUCUUCCAGGGAUGGAAGGCUAGAGGCCGUGCCAGGGACGUCUGUUCUACAAGCAGGAAGGCAGGCAGGGCAGAAGUGAGUGCCAGUGGACUGUGCAGCAGACCUCAGCUUGGGGAGGGCAUGUUCUCCUGGGAGUGGAGGUUGUUUUAUUGCCAGGGAGCUGGGAAGUUGCCUGUGGCUUUGUUUUCCUGUUUCCCGUACAGCUGCCUUGCACCUUUCUCCACUCGGUGGAUGUAGGGUAGGACUGUGUGCAGUCUGAGAAACUGGACACGCUUGUGGAAGGACCCAGACCAGACUUCUUCCUCCCCUCAGCGCAAUGUGCUUUGCCUGUUUCAAGAACGUCCCUUCCAUUUCCUGUUCCUGGGGCUGCACAAUAUGCUUCCUCUCUUCCUUUGGACAUAAGCCUGAAGAAAGAUACUCUCUUCUUGAAGAAGUUUUCAUCCCUGGCUAUAUCCUUUUUUCCCAUAUCCUUAGCAAGUAUGGGCAAAUGAGCACUCACGUUGCUACUCCCUGGUUUUGCAUUGAUCUCCUAGAGCAGGUGGCCACACUUGCACCUUUUUCUCAGAAGUGGGAUUGGAGUAAGGAGCCAAGUUCACCUAUCAUAAUCAUGUGACAUAGUGGUUUGCGAUCAUGUGACAUAUUGGUAUGGAGAUCAUGUGACAUUGGAAUGGGGAACAAAAAGCAGGAGACCCAGUAUUUCAGGUAAAUAACCAAUCCAAUAAUAAAAAUUGCUAGUAUUUCCUGUUAUCUUUUUAAAGCAAAUUAUCUGUUUCUUAUUCGCAAAUUUAGAAGCUGUUUGGCACAAUUUUAGAUAUCUAGAAACAAUCUAUCAAAAUAUGCCUCCUGAGCAACCUGGGGGUUCAUUAGAUUAAUUAAUUAAUAGUGGUGAAUAAACCGUUUGAAAUCCUCUUAUUAAUUGGGUCACCUAAGUCCUAAGUAGUAUUAUAACCAGGCCUAAUGAGGUCAAUGGCUUAAAGAGAGGGUUUUAAACCAUAUAUAAAGCUCCUCUAAUGAUCGUUGGUACAGGACGAAGGUAAGAAAAGCCAGGUGAGUCUUCAUGCUGGUGUUUAAAAGUUUCCUCCACAGCAGUAGAGCCACACUGAUGUCUACUCAGUUAAAGCCAGGUGUGCAGUGAUCUACUGACUAAUGGAUUCUCCAACUGUUAAACCUAUGUUACAGGACAAAGGCCAUCACUUUGUAAAAGCUUGAAGUGCAGUUUGCUGCUGAGUACAGGAGACCUUUGCAAACAGAGAGGGGAGAUUUUCUCUGUAAAGUUGCAAACAAGAGCAGGUCCUGGAAGAUAAGAUUCCCCGCCAUGUUAUCCUCCGUGGUGUUUUGGGGACUAAUUGCCCUCAUUGGCACUUCCAGGUGCUCGUACCCCUUCACCCACUCAAUGAAGCCUCACCUACAUCCGCGCCUGUACCACGGCUGCUACGGGGACAUCAUGACCAUGAAGACCUCUGGGGCCACUUGUGAUGCAAACAGUGUGAUGAACUGCGGGAUCCGUGGUUCUGAAAUGUUUGCUGAGAUGGAUUUGAGGGCCAUAAAACCUUACCAGACUCUGAUCAAAGAAGUCGGGCAGAGACAUUGCGUGGACCCUGCUGUCAUCGCAGCCAUCAUCUCCAGGGAAAGCCACGGUGGAUCUGUCCUGCAAGACGGCUGGGAUCACAGGGGACUUAAAUUUGGCUUGAUGCAGCUUGAUAAACAAACGUACCACCCUGUUGGUGCCUGGGACAGCAAAGAGCACCUUUCACAGGCCACUGGGAUUCUAACAAAGAGAAUUAAGGCAAUCCAGAAAAAAUUCCCCACGUGGAGUGUUGCUCAGCACCUCAAAGGUGGUCUCUCAGCUUUCAAGUCAGGAAUUGAAGCGAUUGCCACCCCAUCGGACAUAGACAAUGACUUCGUCAAUGAUAUCAUUGCUCGAGCUAAGUUCUAUAAAAGACAAAGCUUCUAGGCAAAGCUCUGUGGAUGGGCCAGGCUGGCAGAGUGCUCAGAUGGCCGCCUUUGAGAGUUUUAUGUGAAUGUGUUGUAUUCAACACUGGCAAAGAAAUGAUUAAAAUCAUGAAAGAAAAUACAUUUCCCAAUUUUAUGAAUGAAAAUAAGCAUUGAAAAAAGGAAAGAAAAAUAAAAGAAAUCCAUCCAGUUCACAGUAUGGUUUCCAGGAAAUGGACAUAGACAUAUAUAUAAUUACUUUGUAGUAAAUGUGAAUAUCAUGGCAAGUGGCCCCUAGGUAUUCCAGCCAGGCUUCAUUUUAGCCCGUGAUUCCAAUGCCAACCUACUCCCUGUCUACCAGAAUUGCUAACAAGUUAAGAAAGCCUUACCCAAGACUUUGUCCUUUUUCCAGUAUCUGCCCAAAGCCCUGAGGCUUUGCUUAUGAGAAGUUCCUGACUCGUAAGCCAGCCAAUCCAUGGGACAAUGGAGGAAGUAGGGAUGGAAUUCUAGCUUCAUAGGAAACUGAAAGCCAACUGAGGUGAAGCUGUCAUUCAAGUUAGAUACACCAAGUCCUUCAAACCCACAGCAACCUCCUGUGUUUUCUUUUGUUUGUGAAGAUCCAGGGACUGGCUUUUCUUAUUUUCAGCAGUUGCUGCCACACGCUUUCUUUCACGGGGUCCACCCCUCACAAAACAUGGCUGAAGAUAAGCAUGCAGGACCCAAAGCAAUUAUGGUUCUUUGGUUGCAAGCAAAAGUAACCACUUAUAGAAAUUUUAAGCAAUAAAAGGAAAUUACUGGAAGGCUAACAGAACCAACUAAGAGGGUCAAGGAGAUGAAGAGACACCAGGCAACUCUGGGGUCUGGAUAGCAGGAAUGGGUGAACCAUACCUUACAGCAUCCCUAGUAAGUGAAUGAAUUAGCACCCUCACCAAUAUCCUCAUAUAUGUACUCCAAACACCAUUUUCUGAUUAUGUCAUCAUUCUGCGUUACUUUCAUAGUGCCAGGAGAGGCUCGGAGCUAUUUAUCUUGGGUCACAUACACACCUACCCCUUGGCUAUUUUGCUACCUUGGUCUUGCUAACACUACCCACAACGGAGAAGAGACAACUCUCUGGAAGGAAACUGUGUGCUGUUUGUGGCCUUUACUUCCAUAGUCAGGAGAGGACACAAGUGAUAACAUGUUGGAGUGUAAAGUGGACGUGUGAUGAUGUGGCCCUGCUGGGCCUUUAACUCCCUUUGGAGAUGUUCAAUGAAUGUUUCAGUCCAUCACUUCUGUUUCUGAGAAGGACUCAAAAUCAUAUGCAUCUGCCUCAGAGCCCCAUUGGAGAAAGCCAAGUAAAUCCUUCUUUGCCCACUGACCUCUCAACCCAGCCUGAAGAUUUGACCCAGGCAGCACCAGGAAUCCUUGUUUCAGCGGGCAGGGCCAAUGGUCAGUUUGUGUGGCAGGCCCUUAGCAGGUAGGCUGGUAGCUUCUAUGACUGGUUGAGGCCUAUGCUGUACCAGGUGUUAAAUAUUUUUAUUAUCCUCCUUGCAUGUGGGCCAUCCAGGAUGCUCUUCAGAUGUUCACUUUGCUUAGGAAUGAUUUAUUUUGGGCUUUCCCUCACAUGCAUGAACUUCAUCUAAUCACUAGCCCCUUCAAUGUCACUACUUCAACAAUAAAGUACAUCUAGGUGAGAUAACUUUCAGGUAAUUUGAAAAACAAGAAAUAGUAUGCUCACGUGUUCCCUGAAUGUAUUCCCCCAGUGUUCUCUUUAUGACUAGGAUGCAAGAGAUGUCCCGUGGGAGACCUCACAUUCAAGUUGUCUUAGUUUGGUUCCCCAGAAGCAGAACUUGAGGAAACGAUUCCAGUGUGGGUAGUUUAUUUUGGAACGCUGGUAUGAGGUGGCUGGAUG